AUGAUCAGUUCAGUCACAAUGAAAUUAUAUUUCUUUGCACUCCGAGACACUCUUCCAGCUUUCUUGCGUUUGAUCUACCAUGCCAAAAUAUUGGUUCCGAAAAUCAAAGAGUAUUUGAUCUCUGAUCAAGAUACCAAUAAUUUUGUUAAUACUGCCUCCAAUUAUUAA